UAAGAUUCCGUCUUCAUAGGGUGUAACCGUAUGCCUAUUACUUUGUUUUAAUAUGGUAUGACAUAUUCUAAAUAACGUUAUAGGGUCCUUUGAAGAAUACUGUUGAGGCGACUGUCCCGCAGAGCGGAGAUGCUGCCCGUGUGGCUGCUCGUGCUCGCAGCAGGGGCGGUGCGACAUGUUGCCAGCCAACCAGGGGCCGAGGCGCGCUGUGUCCUGGCGCGCCUGCGCGUGGAGGGAGACAACAGAGAGGCGGGCAACUGGUCGGUCAGCGUGGGCAGCCUGCAGGGUAUUAUUUCACAUACCUUUGAAGGAAGAGUUGCUGAAGGUGAUUAUUCAGGAAAAUGGAAAGCGGCAGUAUACUACCACCUGAAAGGAUGUGGAACACAUGACGAACAUGGGCAGCCCCACGUAAUGCGAACGUACGCCUUUCACUCUACACGCUCUACGUGGGAAGAUGCGGUGAAGACCUGCGAGUCCAAAGGCGCUUCGCUCGCGUUCCCCGACUCCGAGGAGGAAGCUAAGGCGCUGCGAGAAAUCUUCUCUCAGCACCACAACAUCAGCGACAACGUAUUCAUAGAGAACCAGGCUCGCAUAGGUGCUUAUUCGCCCCAUGAAGACGGGCAUUUUGUGAUGCUUAAUGGAAAAGCAGUAAAUAAAAAUAAAUUCAUCCGGUGGGCAGAAGGACAACCAGACAACUAUCUCCAAGAAGAAAACUGUGUGGCUAUUUUGCGUGAAGGUUUACUAAAUGAUGUUCCAUGCUGGCUUCAAUUACCUUUUAUCUGUGAAAAAUGAAUUUUUAGUGCCUGCUUUCUUAUAACACAAUUUCCGAGAAUAUAUGAAAAAAGGAUGAAAAAAUUUCUUUAAAAUAAAAAUUUUUGUAAUCUUAUUUAAUUGUCAAGUAAAAAAAAAUCACUAACA